AUGUCCGCGCCACUCGACUUCCCAACCCUCCUCGCGGCGUCCCCACCGCACCCCUCCUCCCCCGUCGUCCCAGCCCCCCAAUCGCGCCCCACGACAGCGAGCACCAUCCACACGGGGCACCGCAGCGCGCCGACCUCGCCCACCCACCCGCUCGAAGGCGCGCCCCUGCCCCCGCGCUCGCACAGCGCGCCCACGACCAGCUUGGACAUCUUCUCGCUCACCCACGCCGACGUCGACGCGUGGCUUAGUGACAACUUGGCGAGCUCGCCGACCCCGUCCCACGCCCACGCCUUCCCCGACCCACAGGCGCUCGUCUACCCCCCCAGCCCGACGCCCGCCGCGCCCGCGCCCACCCGCGAACCCACGCCAGAGGAACAGGUGCAGGCCAUCCUGGACGACAUCGCGGCCGAGCUCUCCACCCCCGAGACUCCGCUCCUCUUCGACCUUUCCCCGGUGAUGGCGACAAUCACGCCCCUCGCGCUCGUCGGCGCGCCGGCAUACUACGCGGGCGCGGUCGUCCCCCCUCCCCGCACGCCCGUGACGCCUUCUCGCCGCCGCACCGCCGCGAAGCAGCCCUCGCCACUGCGUAACGCCAUCGCGCUCCCCUCGUCCUCUGCGUCCGCGAGCUCGUCCACGUCCUCGGCCACGUCGGCGUCAGCACACACCCCGACCACUGCCACGGGCAGCUCGCCUGCCCCCACCCCCGCGAAGCGCCGCACGCCCAAGGCCCGCCGGGCGCCUGCGCCUGCCGCCGGCGGCUUCACGUUCGUCAACUUUACCGUCGCGGACGGCGACGAGCUCAGCGCUGGCGUCGCGCCGAGCGGCGGCAAGGGGAAGCCUAAGCGCGAAGAGGACGACAACGAGGGCGGCGCGAGGAAGCGCCGCAAGGCGUAG